CGCCCCCUUUGGUAAAGGUUAAGAGGAAGAAGCUCAUACUUCAGUUCGAUCAGCUUUUACCGACGAUUAUCGAAUGAGAAUGAAGGACGGUAAAAAAACCACCGACUUUAUCGAUACCCAAUUUUUUGUCGGCCUGCUUUGCCGACGGUGAGGGAUAAAAAAAGAUAAGCUACUGCGCCGAAAAUAUCGAAAAAUUUGACAAAUGACCUACUUAAAUAUGGACCGAGAAUUUGAUCAAUCAUCUCUCCAGACACGGAACUAAUCGUUAAAAUAAUGUAUCGCUUCUAUACGCGAGUUAUUCGUAGGCAACAUUUCCAAAUUACCGCGUCUGUCUAAUACAAGGUCACAAGAAUACAAUUAUGAUCACAAAUAACAAUGAACCGAAGGAAGCCGAAGUGGUGGAAACGGAAGUUGCCAAGGGCGAACAAAACGAAGUACUCGAAGAACAUCCAAAAAUAAGAGAAAAAAUCAAGAAAAAGCGUCGCCCGAAAUUAAUGCCGAAAACCGUGAAACUUCCUGUGCCAAAAGUACCAGCAAAACGUAUAUCGCCUCGAUUCGAAGAAUUAGCUCGACCAGCGAUACACAAUGUAUUGUUCACAUUGCGACAUAAAGCGUGGAUAUUGCCGCCGACACUUGUGGAUAAUCUUACAAAAAUCGUCGAAGUCAAAACCUGCAUAAGUCCAGAGGAAGCAGCGCGAGUCCUACGUCAAAAGAAACGCAAAACGAAGAAGAUAACGCAACUACCACCGCUUGCGAAAAAAUGGGCUAAAGAAAUUGCAAAAUUAGACACAGUACAAAUUCCAUCGACUCUAGACAAAGACAUGGCGAUAUGCCAAUAUGUGUUAGCCGUAAAUUUCGUCAAGAGCAUUCUGGAACGCCAAUGUCAAACACAUAGGAAAGACCUCCGCGAAAUCGCACGUGUGAUAUUGAAACGUUUGAUGUCUAUCAACGAAUAUACAAAUACUCGAAACAACGACGAUCGAACGACGCAGCAGCUGCACCUCUUGGCUGAAAUAAUAGCUUGUUGGAUAGCCGAAGUACUCGUUGAAGUUGCUGAAGCUGAUAAAGAAACCCUGGAGAAAUAUUACAAAAAGAGAGAAAUGAAAGAGACGGAGGUGGAUGAUGAUGAAGAGACGGAUAGUGAAGAAGACUACUUGAACCAAAUGGAACAGAAGAAGUACGAGAAAAAGAGCGAGGAUGAAGUGAUGGAAAGAGAAAAGAAAGAUAAGAAAGAGGAUGUAGAAGAUGAAAAAGUCAAACAAGAACAAAAGACUGAAGAAUACAUGGAAAAGAAUGAUAAAGAUGAGAUUCCCGAUGAAGUUGUUCCCGAUGAAACAAUUGAAACAGAAGAAUAAAAAAUGAAAGAGGCGAUUACAGUUAAACAUAAAUAACUAGCCUGAAGAACAAAUGACGAGUAGUAGAAGAGAUAAUUUGAAAUACGAAUUAUCUAUAGAGGGAUAAAAUUUGAGAUAAAAACCAAAUACGCCAUUAUGAAAUACCAAUAAAAUAAAUGUUAUUAUAUUAAUUCUGGAUCUCUGCGAAUACGUAUAAUAUGAAUUCUAUUAAAUUUGAAGCAUUACA